AUUCCAAUAAACGCGCGAACUUUCAGUCGCUCAGUUGUUUACAUUGAAUUGUGGUUCGUGAAACCGUGAAAAUUAGCGAUUUGCUUUGCUUUCAUUGAGUUUUUAAAUUUUCUGAAUCUGGUCAAGUAUUUGUCAGACCCCUGGACAAUGUCUUCACCUAAACUGGAAAAUCCGCUCAACGGUGGUGAACCCAACUCCAAACGCUGCAAAAUCGACAGCCUACAAUCGCUUGGACCGUACAUCAGCUCCCAGGACAAUGGAAAGAACUUCACAUACAUCUCGGACAUUCCGCAGAGCUGCCAGGAUGAACCUUGUAUGCUGGGAGUUGACGAAGCCGGUCGGGGACCAGUACUUGGUCCGAUGGUGUACGGAAUAGCCUUUUGUCCCGUUGGAAAGAAAGAUGUUCUAAAGAAGAUGGGUUUUGCCGAUUCCAAGCAGCUGACAGAGGAGAAGCGUGAUCUGAUCUUUGACGAAAUGAAUCAGAAAGAAUACGCCACCGAGAGCAUCGGCUGGGCCGUUGAGGUAAUUUCUCCCAACGACAUUUGUAUGAGUAUGCUGAGGCGUACGAAGCGCUCGUUGAACGAGGUAUCGAUGGACUCGGCCAUCGGACUCAUAAACAAGGCAAUCGACGCUGGAGUUAAUAUUGCAGAGGUUUAUGUGGAUACGGUGGGCCCACCGGAGAAGUACCAAGCCAAACUGAAGCUGAUAUUUCCAAAAUUUAAGAUCACGGUUGCGAAAAAAGCUGAUAGCACGUAUCCCAUCGUUUCGGCAGCUAGUAUUUGCGCGAAAGUGAGCAGAGAUCAUGCCUUGAAGGUGUGGACAUUCCGCGAGGGGUUGGAAUCGGGAAUCGACUUUGGAAGCGGCUACCCAGGAGAUCCGACGACUAAAAAUUUCCUGAGGACGUUCGAUUUGGUGUUCGGAUUUCCACGCCUGGUGCGGUUCAGCUGGUCGACUGCGGGGAAAGCAUUGGAAAAGAAGGCCUACGACGUGGAGUUCGAUGAGGAAGACGACGAGAAGGAAAAACAAAAGGCUACCUAUGGAAGUGCAAAACUAAACAAGUACUUUGCGGCCGAUCGAAACGAACAACGGAAGCGACACGAGUACUUUCGAGAGCGGUGCCUCGAACACGUUGCAGAGAUUUGAGAGCAUACAUAAAUUUGGUUUUUGAAAUUGUUAUACCGGCUUGUU